CAGAGCUGUUCUCCUGAGGCACUGCAAAGAGAAAGUGGAGAAGUCGGAGCCUACUGCUGUGUAAACCUCUCUCACCAUGUGGUACCUACCAUGCCUGUUGUUUUGGGUGUUCCCCUGGGUCUGGAUACAAUCUGAAGCCCAGCAAAAGAAUUUUCCCUUCAGGAUCCUGCAGAUCUCUUCCUUCCCAAACAGUAGUAGCUCAAGCACAGAUGGCUCUGCUUGGCUGGGGGAUCUGCAAACUCAUCGGUGGAGUAAUGCCUCAGACACCAUUGACUUCAUGAAGCCCUGGUCCCAGGGCAAAUUCAGUGACCAACAGUGGGAGCAAUUGCAGCGUGUAUUUCAAGUUUAUCGAUUCAGCUUUACCAGGGACGUACAGGAAUUUGUCAAAAUGCUGCCUAAUAUACACUAUCCUGUUGAGAUCCAGAUGUCUGCUGGGUGUGACGUGUACUCUGAGAAUGCUUCAGAAAGCUUUUUCUAUGUAGCAUUUCAAGGAGAAUAUAUCCUGAGUUUUCAGGGAACUUCCUUUCAGAAGGCCCCAGAUGCCCCACCUUGGACAGAGUUGGUUAUUAAAGUGCUCAAUGGUGAUCAAGGGACAAUGGAAACAGCACAAUGGCUUCUGAAUGACAUCUGCCCCAAGUUUGUCCAUGGCCUCCUGGAAGCAGGGAAGGCAGAGCUAGAGAAACAAGAGAAGCCUGUGGUCUCAUUGCCCAGUGGCCUCAGUCCUAAACAUGGUCAUCUACAGUUGGUGUGUCAUGUCUCUGGCUUCUACCCAAAGCCUGUGUGGGUGAUGUGGAUGCAGGGUGAGCAGGAGCAAAAUAGUACUCAGACAAGUGACUACCUGCCCAAUGCUGAUGAGACAUGGUAUCUCCAAGCAACCCUGGAUGUGGAGGCUGGAAAGGAGGCUGGCCUGGCCUGCUGCGUGAAACAUAGCAGUCUAGGAGGACAGAACAAAAUCUGCCGUUCACAACAUGACAAAUAUUCACCCAACGGUAUUAUCGCGGCAGUAGUAGUAGUAGGACUACCAAUAUGUGCUCUAAUUGGUUAUGUGAUCUACACCAAGAAGCGCCGCUCCUAUCAAGACAUCCCGGGCCGGGCGGUGGUGGCGCACGCCUUUAAUCCCAGCAAAUCUGUUUAUCCUAAAAGCAUCUGUCUAUGUACAAAUUGCAGUCGAAGAGGAAAAUUUUCUGUGUCCUUCUGCACCAUGCCUGCUGCCUGUAGCUUCUGCCUUGCCAUUAUGGACCCUAACCCUCUGGAACCGGAAGCCAAAAUUAGCUUUUGUUGGCCUCGGUUCCCCUCGGAGAGGCGGGUUAAGGAUGUGCUUGCUGCCCUUGAGUCUCCUUCCUUUGUAGUUUUUUUGGCUAGUCUGGUUACGCUAGCCCCCGCGGCUGCGGAGCGCGCGGCCACGCCCGGGAGCGCGCAGCUCCCGCAGCCUGGCGGGCGGGGCCUCCAAGAACGGUCGAGCCGCGCGUCCUGCUGCGCCGCCCUCUUCCUCACCACCUCCCUCUCCCAGUGGUUUGUGGUAUCCCGAGAGGGACAGAAGGUGUCCUCUCGGGUCCAGGCCCUGCCAGGCGGCCGCGAGCGUGAAUGCCCGCAAGCGUGCGCGCGUGGGAGGCGGCUGCGCUCUUCCCGCAGGGGCCCAGCGCUGCGUGAGGAUCCCCGGUCAGCCUGGACGCUCACUGGUCGUGGACCGGGCCCGGGAGCGCGCGAGGCGGCGACGGGAACCCGGGACCCCAGGCCGCGCGACACAGCCCCGAGGCGCCUCGCCCACGUUCACGCUCCACCCCACCCCCUCCGCUUCCUUCCUCUGUUCGGCGCGCCGGAGAGCGAGCGCGGGCUGGACGCGAACCAGGGCAAGCCUCGGGCCGUUCUACUUAGUGGUUCCCGGCCCGCUGCCCGCGCGCUGUUUGUGAGGCGUGGCCCGGCGAAGGAGGCGCUUGGGGGGCGUGGGGCUCCCCAGCUGGCGGCGGUGACGGAGAGGGCGCGCGGGACAAUGAGCUGGGCAGCUGCAAGCCGCGACCGCUUUUAG